UGGAGUCUCUGACCCCUCUGCAUUAUUGUUGUACAAGUACAAGCUGCUAAACAACGGACAAGAAGCAAAAGGCUUGUUACAUAAACCCUUAAAAUUAUGGAGGAGAAUGUUGUGGUCCUCACUCUCCCACUUCUCCUCCUGAUCCCUCCUUGUGCUGCUUCCCUUCUACUUUUUACUCUCCCCCUCCUCUUGUUCCGCUAAUAUCUUCCUGCUCUUUCUUCCUUCCUUCCUCAUCUCUUUUUUACUAAAAAAGGUGAUAUAUAUCAUCUGGGGUCGAUCCGUUGAUGGAGGGAAUGAGUAAGUUGGACUUGAACAAGCAGAUGGGGGAGAAGCCGCGGGUGGUGGCGGUGGUGAAGAAGGAGGAGGAGGAAUUUGAUGGUGAGCUGCAAGUAGACAGGAAGAAGAAAGGAGGCUUGAAGAGAUCGUUGUCCUCGUCCUUGUCAUCCGGUGGAGGAGGAGGCGGCGCGAUGAGACGGUGUCAGGCGGACAGGUGCACAGCUGAUCUGAGUGAAGAAAAGCAGUAUCAUAGAAAGCAUAAGGUUUGUGACCUUCAUUCCAAGUCUCAGGUUGUGCUUGUCUCUGGCCUCCACCAAAGGUUUUGCCAGCAAUGCAGCAGAUUUCAUCAGCUACCAGAAUUCGACGACACCAAAAGGAGUUGUCGCAGGCGUCUGGCAGGACACAACGAACGACGAAGGAAGAAUCCAGCCGAGUCUCAUGCAGUUGAAGGCUCAAGCUGCAAUGUUGGUGCAGGGACUCAGUUCAAGGAUGUAUGCGGGCAGGUCGAUGACAGCGGAAGAAUUCGGAUAACCAUUCCAGGAAAUUCAAUUCACAAGCAUUUCCAUAUCAGAUAAGAUUUAUAGCAAGCAUGCUCCCUCUCUUCUGUCAGCUUAAUUAGAGAUGUAUAAUUAUUAGAUGUUGGAUACUUGGCUUGUAACAAAUUCAAUUUCAUGAAGUGUGUGUGCUAGGAUUGCUGUUAACCGGCUGUGGGAAGGUAUAAAACUUCUAAGUGAUUUAGCUAGCUCUAUAACUAAUAUAAUUUGCAAGAUUA